AAGGGGUCGGUGGGCGGCUUGAGGCUUAGUCGAUAGAGAGCCACCGAUAGGAAAAGGCACGCGCGGUCUCUUAACACCGGGGCUGCAGUGCGUGUGUGUGCGUGUGUGCCCGAACGCUGUUUUGCCCUCGCUAGGAACGAUAUCUGUAGUGAAGCCUCUCUAUACUUCCCGGUCCCCCCCUUUGUCCAAGAUCUUCUCUCCAGCCCUCCUCUCCAACCUUGUUGCAUCCGCCAUACACACACACACAUAUAUAUAUAUAUAUUUCGUAAACUGGCCCCCCACCCCCCCUUUCUUAUUCUGGCUUGAACGUUUUCCACUUUUUUUUCCGUUGUGGGGAAAUCGGUGUUUGUGCAGUGAAUGCUUCUUCUCCGGAGGAGGGACGCUCCGUGCUCCCUGCUGCUACCGCUACUGCUCCUGUUCCUGGCGGCGGCGGCGGCGGUGGUGGUGGUGGUGGGCUGUGGUGGUUUGCAAGUGCCUGCAGUGGUGGUGGUUAGAAGCCCCCUCCCCCUCUCCUCCUCCUCCUCCUCCUACUCGUACUCCUACCCCUACUCCUACCCCUACCACCCUUUAUCUUAAUUACCUCUUCCUUCUCGACAAAAUUAGCCUUUGCUUUUUUCAUUUUUUCCUUCCUCCUCCUCCUCUCUCUCUCUCUCUCUCUCUCUCUCUCUCUCUCUCUCUGACCAUACCCAUUCUCAUCCCAACAACAGGGAUAGGGCAUUCACCCUUUCCUCCCCCCACCAGCCACCCCCUCUUUUCUUUUCCAAUCCUUCAAACCAGGGCAAAAUAAUCCCCUGUUUCCCCUCACUCUCCUCCUCCUCCUCCUCCUCCUCCUCCUCCUUCCCCUCCUCUUCUUUUUCCUCCUCCUCUUCCCCCCUUCUCUCCUAUCGUCGUCUUCUCUCUAUCUUGCUGUGAAGUCUCCAUUAUUCAUCUCUCUUUAAGCGAUUCUCUCUAAUUUGGAUGUUGUAUGUGUACAUAUAUACUAUAUAAAUAUAAAUAUACAUAUUACAUAUAUAAUACGAUUAACGAAACAGAAGGAAAACUAAAAUUUGAACAUUAUUUCAAUAGAAGUUAUGAAUUUUUGAUAUUGGUGCGGUUUUUAAUCGGCUCUCCCAAAUUCAUCAUCAGGCCAAGGAAAGGAUACAAAUAAAAAAAGAAUUAAAGAAAAUAACAAGAGAGAGAAAGAGGAAAGAGAAAAAGCUAAGAGGAAGAAGAAGCAGAAGAAGAAUUGUAGAUGAGCGCAGUUCGAAAUAUGAAUGGAUCAGUAGCCGUAAUAAUAUAGAUACUAAUAAUUAUAGGAAAGAUAAUAAUAAUAGGAAUAAUUGAUAGUGUGAAGAGAUAAUCGAAGAGAUAUAUUGCUUAUCGAAAGCCGCCCCCCCUCCUACCCGCCCCCGACCCCCCUCGAAAAGAAAAAGAAUAAUACGACGCGCACACACACGAUGACUGAGUGCGACUUCCGAAGGUGAUGAUAACUCCUCCUGGCGGCGGUAGUGAAGAUGUCCCUGAAAGUUUGGCUCUGCCCCACUUCGUCGUCGUCGUCGUCGUCGUCGGCAGCUACGGCGCCCCCCGCGUUCGUCGUCGUCACCACCACUCCAUCAGUAACGUCGUCGUCGUCAUCAUCAUCAUCAACGACACCGAAUUCUCCUCCUUCGUCGUCGCCUUCGUCAGUAGCAGUCGCCUGCUCUCUAGCCGAAGGAGAUCAGGAACAGCCUCCUCCUCCUCCUCCUCCUCCUACUGCUGCUGGUCUAGCGUCGUCGUCGUCCUCUCACUCCUCUUGCUCUCCCUUGGCCUUCUUGCCCCCGGCAGGAGCAGCAGCGUCCUUACCGGGAGCCGUUGUGUCGACAGCCGUUGCAGCAGCAACGUCUUCCUCGUCAGGAGAAGAAAGAGGAGAAGACGAAGAAGAAAAAGGAGCCGCGGGAGAAGAGGAUCGGUUGGCGAAGAGGCAGAAAAUGGAAGGACGCCGAUCUACUAGUAGGUUGAUGGCACAGCACCAGCUUUCAACCACCAUCAGCAGCGGAUGGGCAGCUGUAGCAACAGCAGCAGCAGUAGCAGCCGGCGGCCAUAUGCCGUGGCCGGUUACCACGGCAGCAGCCAUGGCCGGUUGCACCACCGCCAAGAGGACCCUGGGGGGCUCGUCCUCUGUCCUCCUCACCACCCUCCUGCUGGUGGUCGUAUCGGCGGCCUUCGUCCCGACACCGGCGACGGCUACGGCUCAAGGGUUCUCGGGAUCUCAGAGAGCAGAAGACAUACCCGAUUUCUACGACGAUUAUUUGAGUGAGGACGGUAACGCUUAUCUCAGCGCCGAGGUGGGACGACUUUUGAAAGAGCACGCCGAGAACCGAGAUUUCGUCAACUCCCUAGAUGCCCAGUACUACCAGAUCACGUACCCAGUCCAGCUGCAGAGGCAGGGCAAAUCUCAGGGCAUCUCCACGAGAGAUGCUUCUCAAAUCGCGAGCAACCAUGUCCAUAGGACUUCCUAUAGGAUUAAGGCGUUCAGCCACGUUUUCACUGUCGACCUUGAACUCAACACCGAGCUUCUUUCACAGAAUCUGAUGGCCCACCAUCGUAGUGGCGAUAGAAAUAGUCAAGUCGACCAUCAGAUCGAGCACUGUUACUACCACGGAACCGUGAAGGACUACUCCAUAGCCGUCGCCGCCUUCAGGACCUGCAACGGCCUAGCUGGCAUCAUCCAGCUAGGAAACGAGACACUCAUCGUCUCUCCCAUGGCUGGUGGCGAGAAGCUGCCCAAACACCCCCACUUCGUCAUCGAGUCGAAGAACUCGCACAUCCGCCAGAAGUGCGGGUACCAGACUGGGUACGAGUGGGGCAUGUGGGAGAGGACCUUCAACCGUCUCGGGCACGGGCGCAAGAAGAAGCAGACCCGCCAUCGGUACGCCAGGGACAUCCGCGGAACCACCAAGUACAUCGAGACAGCUCUCUUCCUCGACAAGAAAUUCAUGGAGGAGCGAAAUUAUUCCCGAGUGCGUGCCCUGAACGACGCUUUGCAAAUUGCCAACAUUGCCGAUCUGUACUUCAAGAACAUCAACACGCGCAUCAGCAUAACGUACCUGGAGACGUGGGCUGGACGCAACAUGAUCGACCUGGGUCGAAACCAGCCCAUCUCGACCUCCCUCAUCAACUUCUACGUCUACGUGGGCGACAACCUGCACGAGUUCCACAAAGACACCGCCCAUUUGAUCACAGGCGAACAGUUCCAGAGUGGGGAGUCGGGCAUGGGAGUCCCCAACAGCAUAUGCACCUCCAAAUCCGCCGGUAUCUCCGUCGACCUCAACGUCUAUGAGCCUCAUUUAGUCGCUUCCACGAUGACUCACAUGAUCGGCCACAACCUCUACAUGAAACAUGAUGACGGAAGAGGGCCGACCUGUUACUGUCAGGACUGGCACGGUUGCAUCAUGUCCAAAACAAUAGUCGGGCAAGACAAUGUGCAGCCUACCAAGUUCUCAAAGUGUUCCGUGGAUGACUACCACCACUCGCUGCAGACGGUGGAGGAAGCCGCGUGUCUUCUCCAUCGCCCCUCUAAGUCUCCUUAUUUUCAUGCUCUGGAGUUCAAGGUUCCCAGGCCGAAUCCACCUAGAAAGGGUCCCACAGACAGUAUGCGACCAGGACAGUCUUUAUUCCAGUCCUUUGAAUGUGGCAAUGGCAGAGUAGAUGAAGGGGAACAGUGUGACUGUGGCCCAAGAGACAAAUGCAGUCAAAUUGACCCGUGUUGUGACCCCAUUACAUGUAGGCUCAAGCUGGAAGCUGAGUGUGCUACAGGUCCAUGCUGUGAUAACUGCAGGUUGCGGCCCAAGGGAUACAUGUGUCGUAAGGCAAAAACAGAGUGCGAUAUCCCAGAGUACUGCGAUGGCCUUCAUGGUUCUUGCCCCCUGGAUAUAUAUAAGAAGACUGGUAAUAAAUGUGGUAAUGGCAAAGGCUACUGUUUCAAAGGUGUUUGUCCAACACUGAAUAAUCAGUGUGAAGUUAUAUGGGGCUAUGGUGGUCAAGCAUCUGAUGAAACAUGCUACAAGCAGUUUAAUGUAGACGGUGUUAUAUAUGGUAACUGCGGAAGACACCGAAAUGGUAGUUAUAUAAAGUGUGAGCUUGGCAAUAUUAUGUGUGGAACCCUGCAGUGCCAGUUAGGUAUGCAGCAUCCUGUAACUCCUAACAUGGACCAGAGUUACUCAAGAACUAUUGUAGCUAUGGGAGGACAAGAAUAUGAGUGCAAAACUGUGAGAUAUGAGCUCCAGGAAGAAACUCGACGAGGACGUGAUUGGACAUUGGUGCAAGAUGGAACUGCUUGUGGCGAAAAGUUAAUUUGUGUCAAUCAGACAUGUGAAUCCCUCUAUCCAUUUAUUGAAUCUGGACAGUGCAAAACAAAUAACAAUGCAUUAGAAUGCUCAGGACAUGGAGUGUGCUCCAAUAUCAACUCCUGCUUCUGCAACCCGGGUUGGACAGGCGUAGACUGCUCCAUUUAUGAUAACAGUACGCUCUACACAACGCCUUACUUUUCCAACUACCCCACAACGCCCACACCACCAGGUGGCAAGUCCCAAUCUAACUCCUCAAGCAACAAGCCAUAUGAAACAGGAACGGGAGGACGGAACACGCAAUAUGUCGGGAAACAGGGGAGUGACACAGUUUACCUCGUAGUGGGGUUGGUGUCAGUAAUGGGCGGGGUGUUCUUUGCGUUUGCAUUCAUGGCUUUGUGCUACAGGUCAGUGGUAGUCCACAAAAAUUUCUCCCUGUGCCUAAGACGCAAGAGUACUUUACCAAAGUACGAUGCGCCAUAUCUCAAGAGACCUGUAGUUAAAAAGCCACCGCAACAACACCUACAGCCUAUGAUGACAAAGACAGAGGAGACGUCACUCGACUUGGGAAGCAGAAUAACAUUUGGAAACAUGCCAAGCUAUAGCCCUGGCCGACCACCAUUGAGUCCGACACUAUCCCGCAGCAGGUCCCUCGAUUCCUGUCGCGAGCAAAAGAUGCAGAUGAUGAGACGCUCCGGCCCUCCUGCAGGGGGCUCUCAGUCAGAGGAGGAAGCUCUUCAGUCAGGGGAGGAGGAAGCGGUGUCGUUCAUUGAGCUGCCACCAAACAACUUGAGCAAGAUCCCUGAGAAGGGAAUCCUGAAGAAGUCAUAUGGCCUCCUCACGCCAGCAGAGAAGGAGAAAUGGGGAGAAGAGUCCCAGAGUGACAACAACGAUGCCUUGAGUCAGAGUGACAACAACGCUGAUCCAGAAUGUCAAGUCACAGAGGUGGAACGUACCCUAAAGAGCCUUCAUGGCUAUCAUGAAGACAUAAUUGAUGCUCUCAAGAGAGCUUCAUCCCACCGAUCUGGAGCAACAUCUAUGUCUUCAGAUGAACUGCAUGCUGGCCACCACGACACCUAUCCACGAUAUCCUCCUGGAGCCACGGGAGUUGGGGGUCCGGCAGAUUUCACAAGGGUUAAGGCUUCCCAUGAAAAGCUUGCUGACUCAGGAGGAGAAGAUGAUCAAGUCCCACCGUGUGGCCCCAUCCGAAUUCGAAAUUUGGAGGACCUGAUACGCCAGCUGGAGCAUCACCCGUCACGCCACAUGUCGCCAUCAGGGUCUGAGGAGAUCAGGAUGAGUGAGACCGAGGCUGAUCGACACUACCGUCUCGACUCUUCGUCCUGCACAGAGUCACAAGGGUAUGUGAGGCCGUGGCGCAGAGGGCAGGACUUUGGGCACGGGGACUUAGGUGGUCCUCUAGCAGGACCUUCCGGUUCCCCUGGAACCCCCGGAGACAAAUUGGCAGAGCUGUUGCAGUUGGCAUCCCCAGAAGACCACGAGAGGAUCCUGCGCGCCGCGGCCAUGCUGUCCCCCGAGAGCCCCACAAGGGGUAGAGCAGACAAUGGUGGGAUGGGUUUCGUAUACGGCCGGUACCGACAACCUCCGACUAGUGGGAGUGGCACGGGGUCCGCAAGUGGACGUAGUUCCGAUAGAUUAGGGGGUGGUGGCCAUGAGUUCUCUGAUGGGGCAGAUAGUCACGCAUUCACAGAAGAAGACGACUUAGAGAGACCUGAUCCUGGAGAGACAGCAGAUUCAGAGAGUGAUGAGUACUCAGCGCGACCACCCAGUGCCCUCCUGCGCUCCGCCAGUGAAGAAGUUCUACCAGUUACCCGUUAUGAGGCUGCGAGGUUUGAAGCAGCUUCGCCAAGGGACCCACGGCUCUAUUCACCACCUUCGGACGCUCCCUCCUACCAUGAUGACCAGGACUUCCCACCACCAGAACCACAGAAUGAUGAUGAUCAGCAAGAGCCAGCAGCUGACCCCAACCACUCUCUCCUACUUCAGGGGAGGUACCCAGAGUACAAGCACUGACACUGGCCCCUCUAGGGACCUAGAGAGGCCAGGCUUCUCCAGCACAAUCUUCACCGGUAGUUCAUGGUGUCACUUCACUUAACAUUAUGAGCUAUUCAAAGAUGCUCCUUUAGUAAAAGUAGCAAUGUGCAGGAAACAUAGGACCUUGUUAUUGCUAGGUUUGCAAAUGUGAGUAAUCCCAGUGGUUAAAGACCCACUGUAUGAAAUACAUGUGCUGGGUAUGUUGCUUUCUGGUAUCAUACACAGAUUCCCCCCUACCCUAAAGAUUAGAGUCCUCUUCAAAAGUCAGAUGUGUGUGUGACAGUGAUAUCGACAAUUUGGGUUGGCAGGAUAGUAAAAUAUAGAGCUAUAUUUUCUCUGUGCUAGUGAGAAAUCAGUUAAUCCUCUAGUGACUAACAACAACAGCACUAGUGUAAUAAAACUCUCCCCCUCCCCUCCCAUGAAUUGGCCCCCUCAGCCAGGACUCUGUGUGCUCUACCCCGAGAAGUGUUCAUGAACUAUUUCUUACCAAGUCUCCUAGUGCCCUGACUCUUGUCUUACAAGGGAUAUGCCACAGUCAAUCAUAUAAUUUUACAUUGUACAGUAUUAAUUUUUAGAAUAAAAUAAAGUCAUCUACGGAAAAGAUUUAAUAGGGCCCAUGUUAUGAAUGUUCUCAUCGUGUGUCUCAAAUGUGUUUCAGGUGAGAUUGAAAAAAAAAUAGGAAUUUAGUUUGCUACAGCAGACUUAGCCGUCCAGCGCACGAGUGAUAUGCCACUCCUUCACCAGCAAGAUGUCGUCAAGUUCCGUUGCUCAAGCAGAGUGAAAAGUCUCAUUAUUAUGAGAUGUCAGUUUGGAUAUGACCCCAUUGUUUGUUUUGUGUGUCAAUUGUACGUAGUUGAUGAGCCAGUGGCAGGACUACGCUUAAGCUAUCAGUCCUUAGAAGGUUGAUCUUUGCAUAUUUUAUUUUGUGAAUAUCAGCUCGACUUGACUUGAAGGGUUAACCAGUUCCUUAAUUGUCCGUAUAUCAUCCCAGAAUCAUCCACUGGUACUAAAAAAUAAACUUACAAAAGCAUUGUAGUCUGCACUCUGAUUACAGACAAGCUUCCAUUUAUGUAAAGAAUUUUAGUAGCUUAAGUCAGUACUUAGUAGCUUAACAGCAUGAUUCUCUUAUUUUUGUUAUCUUGCAUGUGUUAAAUUAUAUGGGUGAGUGAAUGCAAGUGGGCAAGUGAAACUUUGAUUUCCUCUCAAAUUCUGUGACAAAUGCAGUGAUUUCAUUAUCAGGGUACACUUAGUCAUAGUGACAAAGUUUCUUGGAGCUGUUCAGUAACUAGUACAGUCUAGAAAUGCUUUUGUAAUAUCUUCAUAAGUGUUUAUAUACAUACUGAUGUGUAACUAACACACUGCCCAUUUAAAUCUUUUAUCAUAAUGUAGGUGACCAAGGGAUGAUUACCCAAGACCUUGUAUAUAAUUUUUUAGACAGGGUGUCCAAGCUUUUCCUUUGCUGCACAUAUAAAGUUCAAUGCCAGAGUCCGGCUCAUUUUCUUACUCCUGUUAAGCCAACAGUAGUCAGAUAAUGACUCAAUGCUGCAGUUGUCGGUUAAUCAUUGAUGGUUUAGCAGAACAGGAUACAUUAUAUAUAUAAAGUAAUAAAACCUUUUAAUAUAUGACUUCCAUCCUGACGAGCUCAUUUCAUGAGCUUCUUGAUCAAGUUGAUGACCGACAGAACUACAGUCGAUAUUCCUUAUUGCCCUUCUCCUCCUGAAGGAUUUAGUCACCUUAUUCGUAAUUUGGGAUUACGUACCGGUAAAUCAACUCCAAAAGUUAUGGCAAGUGCUUAUUUUGAAAUCAGUAUUCAUCAAGAGAUUGCAAUCAUCAUUUUAUUACCGAAAGCAGAAAAAUACUGAUGUUACAGUGAGUUAUUACUUGUAAUAAUCAGAUUUGGCUCAAUAUACAAUAUACAUAUAGGAAUAAUAUAUAGUCAAGAAAAGAGUCAGCAUUUACUUUCUGUUGAGCAUGGACAGAAGGUCUUACGAAGUAUUCAUUUUUCAUUGCUCUAAAGUUAAGAAAGUUGUUCUUCCUGAGUGCAUCAAAUUAUAUACGUACAGCACUUCUUUCACGACACUUGUCCUGUAGGUUUUCAAGAAUGUUCAUUAGCCUGCUGUGCUGUCAAACAUAAGGUGUGAUUUAUUGAAGGAAAACAUUUUUGGUAGCACUUGAUAUUUUUAUGAUGUUCGCUGAGUUUCAGGCUGAAAUUUACUUACUGCGAGAUAAUUCUAGAUCUUUCAGAUAGGAAUGAAAUCACUUUUGUUAAGUAUCAUUUGCAUCAGUUAUUGCCUUCUGAGGUCAGGUGAUGACUGAGGUCAAGUAGUGGCUGCUAAAAAGUCAGGAUAAAUGGUAAUUACCUUCUAAGAAGGCAGAUAGAAGACAAUAAAACAUGUAAAAAAAUGUAAUGAAUAAUAAGGUAGUAGCCUUUGUACUGCAUUGUUAGUAAAAGCAUAGGCAACUAUAGAAAAUAAAGUAGCACUUAUUACAGAAAAUAAAAAAAGGCAUCAGGGAUGUGGUCUUUUUCAUGAAGAUCUUAUGCCCUGCUGUUGUUAAAGUCAUGGUAAGAAGUGAAGCAGUAAAAAAAAAAGAAACGAGAAGUCAGCGCAGCUUCAUAACUAUUGCUCAAAUCAGGGCGAUGACAGUGUUGAAAGAGGGAUUUGAAAGUGUAUGUAAGAAUGUUUUACAAGAUGGGUUCAUUAUGUGGGUUUGUGGUUGUCCCAGUACCUUGAAAUAAUAUGACAUACUUAUCCUACAAUAUCAGAUUUAAAUAUAGAAUAGUCACUGACCUUAUCCAAAUACCUCAUCAAAUCUUAAUACCUUUUAUAUAAUAUGUGGUACAAUUACUUAAUUAUCCAUGACCCUCAGUUACCCAAUGCCUUAUUGUUUCAUUUACAAUCAACAGUUAGCAUAAUUUUCCAAGUAGUCAACUUUCUUCCAUUGUAUUGAUUUCUAGCAUGGCACUGUACUGUAAAAGGUAUUGGACCUUCCAGUAUUUCUUUCAUUUCCACCAGAAUAGUUUUACUCUCGUGGUUGUUGAUAUUGCAGGAUUUGUACAAAACCCUAUUUAAGCUGGCAGAGUCUUGACAUACCAAUCAGAGCUUGUUGCUUCAUUCUUCAACUCAUCAUUACAAGUCAAACCUCUUUAAUGUGACUCGUGCAUUCCCACUGCAGUCGGAAUCCGGUCUCGACUCCUCAGUCAAGGAUGAACUUGAGAUCAAGGUGAAUUAAAGAGGUUUGACCCUUCUUCUUUAGGCCUCUCAGGAAUAGAUUCUGGGAAAGUUUGCAUACAGUUCUCUAGGAUUGGAGGCAGAGAUUCAAUAGGAUGUAAAACACUGAGAAAGAGAGGUAGAGAAUACUGUGAUGAGUAGGAUCUGAACUUGCAAAGCAUACUGUAUUCAGAAAGAGAAUAGAAUUAAGGACAAAUCAUUAUGUCUUUGCCUCAGUCCUCGGUUUGCAUUACUAAUCAUUUAGAUUCCUACAAAGGUAUCAGUAGUAUGUACCACCACCAAUCAAAAACAUUAACAUAUUUUUAAUAUCAGCAAACGUUUAAUUACUGGUAUAGUUACUUUAAUACAUGGCAGUGGAACUGUAUACAGUACUUUUGAUUUAUUUGUACUUCAUGCUUCAUGAUUAAGAAUAAGAAUAUCACAUAUUUGUUAUGGAUACCUCUAAGAACCCUUUGAUUUGUUGACUUCUGAAUAAGGAAAGAUCUGCUUCCUUGAGUUGUGUAUUGAUGAUUUUGAUACUGAAGGAAAGAGUUGUCUAUGAGAUCCCAUGAUUCUCCUUCAAAGGGCCGGACUCAUGCUAUACAGUCAAAUAAUAUCAAAACAUGACGCUUCCUUACUUUUUAAGGCUCGUUUCCAACUCUUGUCUUGUUGUUGUUCUCUUACCAUAUUGGCCCAAGGGAGGUCAUGAUGGAAACUCUAUUUCUAUGGACAGAUGUGUACAGAAUACAUGAAAUAAAAUCCAGUUCACACCUUCGGUAACAGACAAAAUGUAUCAGUCGGUUAUUUCAGUUUCGGUACACAAUGGUUUCUUCCUGUCAUGGAAUACUUUUAAGCAUGCAGAAAGUCAGAUAAAACAUUUUGAAAUACUGUAUUCUCAUCCAUAGUAACCCAGUGCACUACAAUUCUACAUCAGUCUCCAAAAUGUAUACAUUGUUCCAAGAUAUUAUGAUCUGUAUUUUUGAACUCAUUUAAGCCGAGUUAUUGUUCCAUGGUGUAUCAUUAGAAUUUGAAUUUGAAUUUGAAUAUUUUCAGUUCAGGUUUUGUUCAUCAGAAAAGUUAGGUGCAUGUACUAUAAACAAAAAACCGAAAAGUUAACUCGAGAGAUACUUGUGCUAUGGAAACAAAGAAAGUUAAAUUAUUUGCAACAACAAAUUGAAAACGUACAACCAAGCAAAGCUGAAGUGUAAGACACGAAGCAUAUGAGACAUAGUUACCAUCCACUGAGGAAAAGUGUCGAGAGUGAGCAAGGUGUAACUAUAGACAGUGUCUCAGUGCUCUGGACAAGUAAUAUUCCUUCUGAUAAGUUCAAGAAUACAGUUCAUAUAUAUUUCUAGCAGCAUGAACAUAUAUUAUUUCAUAAGGCAUUUCAUUUUGUAGUCAUUAUGAUGGUCAUGAAAUGAAAUCAAUCUGAUACAAUGCAUUUCCACACUGAUUUUGUGUGCUUUUUGUAUUCUGUAUUUGUGCAUUUCCAAUUACUCCCAGGUACCUAUCAUUUAAUCAUAUUCAAUCUAAUGUCUUUCAUGUUUUGUAAUAAGACGACGCUUGGUGUGCUAUUUGUUCUUAUAUCCAAUCAUAUAAGUCAGCAUCUGGAUAUAAACAUCCAUUCCAAAACAUUUGACAGGUGAUGUUUUAGGCUAUAAAUUUAGGUACAGUACAGUAUUGUUCUGACCAGAUUAUCAGCAAGCGCACAGGUCAGCUGAAAGCUCAAAGUUUGUAGUUUUGUUCAGAAAUGUUUCACUCAUGUAGGUAAUAUUUACAUAAUGGUAAUACUGUUGUUUUGUACACUCAGAAAGACAGUGAGGGUGUGGGUGAGUGCUGGUGCAGCAGAAGGGAAGGGCGGAUAAUCAAUCAUUAUACCCUACAUUUCAUCAUCUCUUCACUUGUAAGUUUCCGAGAAGAAAAGCUGAAGUUAUAUAACGUCACCAAGUUUCGGGACAUUCCACUGGGUAGAUUCAUUCAGGAUAUGAGCACAGACAGUCAGUCAUUUGUGAUUCAGCCUUUUUCAGCCAAUGGUUUAUCCCCGGGUCUGUUUAUUGUGUAUAAUUAUGUUAGCUCAAGUCAUGUCAUGGCAGUUCCUUAUAUUUAUUAUUGCCCCUCUGCCUUAACGCAAUCUCCAGAGUGAAUCGCUUUGUGCAUUACUGAUUUAACAAAACUUUGUUUCCUUUAGUAAGACGUGAAAAGAGAGAAAUCAUUUCUAUAAAUUUGCAUGGGACAGAAAAGCAUUUACUUAUUUGUUGCUUAUGCUCAUUACCACAACGACAUUGCUCGGUAGUAGUCAACUGUAAAUAUGCAGGUUACUGUAAUAUGUGAUGAUCUUUAUAUGGGCUUUUAUAGAUUAACCUCUGAAAGUACAGCAUAUUCAUUAUAUAUUUAACUUUGUUAAACUAUGUACAGAACCCUUGAACAACUUACUCCUAUGAACUCUUCCUCUGUAUCAUGUCACUUUUGAGACAGGGUAAUUAAUGUGUGUACAUUAAUGAAGCUUACUUGACAGUCCCUUCCAUGGUCUCUGUGAAGACUCUGUUACGUAUUAUGUUUUGAUUUUACAGAAUGAAAUUCCUCAUCACCAUACGCUUUUCACAGGACGUCAAACUGGAGUGCAUAACUGUAUGAUGUUUUUAAAUACAAUGUAGUAUUCUUAAUCUAGCUCACUCACACAGCGCAGUACUGCAGCAUCAGAGGAUGAUGAUGUUUGCUGUUACAGCAACAAAGGUCGAGACUCCACGAAUCCCAACAACUACCCUCCCCCCCCUCCCCUCCCCCGCCCACCCUGCUGACAUGAGCCCCUGCACCCCCACCGUGACUUAUGGUAUUCGUUACCCUUAAGUAGGUCUUCUUAGGCAUCUAGUCUAGCACUUAGUCGAACAUUCAGAAGAUAUUAUUGAUUCCAUAUCUCAACACAUGCUAGUUUUGCCCACUUAGGAAUUUCACAACAUUUCAUUGGACUUGAAUAAUCAUACAGUGGCAUCCAGCAGAAAGUCAGCAAAUUAAUAUGUUAGACAAUCGAUGUAACUGCAGAUCAUAUUAUAUUACCAAUCGAUAUAGUACUACAGUAUUUUACUUUUAGCUGGGUGUGACUCUCAUGGUAAAUAAAGUAAAAAAAAAAAUAUGAAUGAAUAAAUAAAAGUGUGAUGGCAUUAUUGAUUUUGUGCCAUAGAUUCAAAUUACAAUAAGGCCAGUUCUCUUCGUGAGACACAGUGAAAUUAAUUAAGCCUUAUUGGUGCAUAAUAACCUACGACUCAAAAUCACUGAGGACUUCACUUAUAGGAACUCUUUUGUUUCCUAGCGACAUCAUUUCUUAUUCUUAGAUUACUAUGUUUUGUCUUUGCCCACCAUUUCUCCCAUUAGCUAACUCAAAAAUUUUUAUGUCUGUUGGGAGUUGAACAGGAUCUUUAUUAUAUUACAAAUUGGAUUUGUUUAAAAACCUGUUUGUACAGAAGUUAUAAUAAAUCAUUGUACAUAUCA